CGGACUUAAUUGGGGAUUCUUCGCAGAAAAUCAAGUUCCACACGAUGACGGGAACUUCGCUGUUUCCGUCCAGCUUCGGCAUCAAGUACGAGUUUGUCGAUACGGAGCUCGGCGGUGAGCCGUACCUUGGGCAGAAGGGAGAGGAUGUUCCGCUGCUCUGUUCAAGGGUGUUCCGGAAGCGUAAGGGAGAGUUUCAAUCGCCACGGAAUGUGUUCCUGCAUGGGCGGGGUGGAGCGAGUAACAUAACUUGUUUGUACCGGUUUGAGGCAUCCGUUGGGGAGAGGGUACGCAUCGAUCUGUUCAACGUUUCUUUCGGAGAUUCUGCCACGUGUACGACUGAGUCUGAUGGUCAUACAGGACGGGCAAAGUGUACACCGUCGGAAGCGGAUCCGGAUGGUCGAGUUGAAGAGCUUCGACUGUAUGACGUGCCGUACAAGGACGUUAAGAUUCCGUUGGGUUGUUUCUGUGACAACACGACCAGCUCGUACAACUUUCCUCUAACGUUCGUCUUGAACUCACGCACGAUGGAACUGACGUUUACUGUGACACGGUUGAACGUUUCGGAUGUUCACGAUGAUGUCCGCGCUGACCCGGUUGAUCUUCCACUCGUUGGGAGAUCCACUGCUGGAGUACUAGCACGACGACAACCAGAAGAUUAAUCCGGUUAAGGAGUGG